CACACACACACACACACACACACACACACUACAUAUGAAAACACACACAUAAGGGUGCCCAUCUUGUGCUCCACCCUGCUUUAAAAAACUGCCUGAGGCAAAUAGUCGAUUGACAUCUCAGUGACUGGCUCACCAGCCGUGGCAGGAAGACGUCGGUGUGGUGUGUACACGUGCUGCCGACACACUCACACACACACCUAGUGAAGCGUCUGUUUCCGAGCAUGCUGAAACAGAUCAGUCUUUCAUGCUGAAGCAGCAGGCGGUGUGUGUGCGUACCUUUGCUCCCCACUGGUGUUUACCUCCCCACUGCUGCCACGUCAAACGUCUGCCUGGGUGCUUGGCUCGCUCCGCUGGCCGAGCGGUCUGACUGUGGUCACUCCGCUCUGGGUCUGAGGACUCCCAAAACCUACUGGCUGGAGCUGGAGGACUCCUACCGACUGUCACAGCUCCGCUUCUUUAGACUCGCGUUUCGGCACAAAACCACGUUUCGGCACGC